AUGUUCAGUGUCUGCAUAUCUCUUAUUGGAAUGAUGUGGUUAAUAAUCUUCCACCUGGAUUUGUUUCGCUACAAAAGGAAAGUUCUGAAGAGAAUGAUGGGAACAGCAGAGCAGAUUGAUAAAAUCAGCACUUGUACAGAUUUUAAUUUGGCAAUCACAUUUUUGGGAAAUGAAAUACCUCCGUACAGAUUUCUAACUGGAAGACACAGUGGAAGCUUCUACUUGAAAGUUGGCCUUGCAGCAUUCUGCUUUGGUCAUCUUAUCAAUGAGGGGUUGCAACUGGGACAACAGAUCAUCAAUUAUGUUGAGGAAGAUAGAUAUAUGCUGGGUUGUGGAGAUAUAUCUUCGGUUGUAACUCAUACAAUCAAACCCCUGUACUCAUUCUACCAGUUGUUCAUUGUCUUCAAGUACUCUAACAUUAUUAUAUACCGCUAUAAAGAGGUGGCCCGAUUUGCACUCAUGCACAUAAUGGCAACUUGCUUGUGCUUUUGGUUUGGAACCAUUGUUGAAGAUGCCUUAGAAGAUUACCAUCACAAAUUCGCCAGAAUAGAGCACGAAAUAAAGAAUGAAACACUUUUCCGAACUUCAGAUCAAGCUCUUUGUCAAAAUACGAUGAAUGAAACUCGGUGUGCUUGUGCUUCAAACGCUAUUUUAUCAGUGAACAACGUACAAGCCAUACCUUACCUUUACCCUUUCACCAUAGAAUUCAAUUUACUAUUAGCUGGAGUGUGGUUUAUAGUGUGGCACAACAUAGGCAGAGAACACCACAGAGCAAAUCCACACCAUUUUCAUCACAAAGUUCACAAAAAUGAUGGUAUAGAAGAAGUAACAUACCAAAGUAAUCUAGUGAUAAGUGCGGACUGCCAUGCUGCUAAUAAAGGAUUAUUUGCUGGACUCUUCCUCCUGAUGGCCUCAAUUAUCUCCAUAAUAGUGUUUUUUGUUGCUAUGAGCAGCAAAGGCUAUUACAAUGUGGGAUUAACAAUCCACUAUUUUCAAGAAGGGACGCUUACCUUCCUCUCUUUAGCUUGCGUAUUAUUUGCUUACAGGCAAUUAUCUAAGCUGGACUUUAAUCAUCAUCCUAUUACCUUCUUAGAUGAUGUUCUUCUAUUUAUACCUUUACCAUUUUAUUUCGUACAAGCACUGUUGACUAUUAUGUCAGAAUACCAAAAACGAAGCGCCAUUAGGAUAGUGAUAUCCAUCCUGGUUCCUUUACAAGUCAUUUUACAGACACCACUGAUAAUUGAUGGACUUCGAAGAUGCAGUAACAGUCGGUUACUUAGGUAUAAGAAACCAGGACGAGAAAUCGUGACUUUUCUCAUUGUGUGUAACCUCACCAUUUGGAUAAUAAACACUUUCGAGGCAAAAAGCGUGGAAUCGCAUUAUGGGCAGAAUGCUUAUUUUGGAGAAUUCUUAUGGUUGUUUGUCAGUCACACCACUUUACCCCUAAUGCUUUUCUACAGGUUCCAUUCAUCUGUGUGCCUAGCAGAUAUCUGGAAGUCUGCUUACGAGAAAGGAGAAUAAAUACAUGUGUGCAUAUUCAAAAUAAGAUAGAUUGCUAUUAUUUUUAAGAGAAAAGAAUACUUCUGGACUUAUUCCAUACCUUCGGUGUAGUGAGAGACAGACGCUUUUAUCGAAUUAUCCUAUCAAAUUUGGCCUAUUUUUAAAGAGGUAUCAAUUUAUAAUUCAUUGAUAUCAGCAUGGUUACUUUUCCAUAUUUUUCAAAAAUUCGUAAAACUAGUCUUCCUGCACGUUCUUAAUAUUUUAUAAAUUUUUAUUUCCACACGCCUAUAUUUAGGCAAUCUAUGAUAUUAAUUCAGGCAACUAAAGUUAACAAAAUAUUUUUUAAACGUUUUAAGUAACUAAUUAAUUGCCCCAAACAAAGUUCUGCUAAGAAGCCCUUAGGAUGGAUUGGAUUAUUCCUUUAGGAGAACGCAUGCCAGAACUCUGUGCCUAAGAGGAAUAUGUCCAAAGAUAGGUUAGCAAACAGGAAAUGGCGCCAAUUUAUGUUACCCGUGAGGUAUCUCAGGCCUUAUUUUCGACUUUCCUACAGGAAAGUUUCUCGCGGUUUUCUGUGUGUGGUAACUGUACCCGAGAAUUACCAAAGUUGCCGAAAAUAGCAUGGUAAAAUUCAUGCUGAUGCAGCUAAUCCUUUCGACCAACGGGAAGAGAUAUAAGCGAACUUUUGGUCUUUUGGAAGCACUCGGCCACGAGUCAGUCUAUAUAUGGCAAUUAAAAAAACAACUAUUUACAGGCAAACUUGGGAAAGGAGAUUGUUGAAGGAAUUUCAGUUAAACAGACUUAUAUAAGUUCUUCACGUUUUCCGCCGUGCUAUGAUACUUUUGUAAACAAGAAAGGAAACAUGAAAAAUAUCAGUUCAGAGAAUCCUGUAAGAACUGAACAUGAAGAUUAAACACAAUAAAAUUGUGAACUAUGGAUGCCUGAAAACAAAAUUCAGUAUUAUUUUCUCUUCGAAGGAUUCGUUCAAAUAUUGGGAUAUCUAGAGAAAAUUUACAAAAUACUGAAAUUUCCUCUUUUGCUAGUUGUUCCUGAAUAUUGUUUACUUGUUUAUAAUUUUAACGUAACUUUUGAAUUUUAUUGAAGUCAUUUAUUUAUAUUAUGUACUGUAUAGUCUAGUCCUGGAAAACAUUAAAUGCCAGUAGUUUUAAAUGCAUGUUAUUAUAUGGAUUGUGCUUUGUAAGUUUCUAAUAAUGUCUGUUUUACAAUAUCUGUGAUAAAAGUUUACUAUUAAAGCAUACAAAAUUUUAGCA